GGUGGAGUGUUACGUGUAAAAUAUAUAGGCAAGUUCGGGCAAGUAGUUCUCACCUUAAGGAUUCCCCAUGGGCAAGUCAUUUUUGUUUUUAACGUAGAGCCCUGUAUCCAUUCAUCAAUUUUCUAUACUGCUGUCCCAGCUGACUUGGGGCGACAGGCGGGGUACACCCUGGACUCAGGGCACAUAUAGACAAACAACCAUUCCCACCCACAUUCAUACCUAUGGACAAUUUGGAGUUGCCAAUGAAGCUAACAUGUUUUUGGAAUGGGGGAGGAAACCACAGAGAUGCCCAAGUGGAGAUUCAAACCCAGGUUUUACCUGAGCUUUUUUUUUUUUACCUGAGUUUUUCCUGACCUGAGCUAACCACUUGGCUACCAUGCGGACGCAAUUUCCAAUAUGAAGGUUGGAAAACCUGUAAAAAAAAAUGAUCUCAUUGGGUUCAAAGAACCAGAAGGUCAAGGGUCUUCUGUCAAAUUUGGCUUUUGUGUUUAAAAACAAGCAUCACAUGACUAUACAUGCGUUCAUCAAAGAGUAUGAUGAUUCUUACGAUGAUUAUGAUGCUGAAAAUGCAUGUCUUUGAAAUCUCUGAUAUAACCAUGAUGCAAAAUUGACACGUACGCGACAUUGCUGUGACAUACACUGUACGAUGCUAGGUGGUUAUGGUAAACGGUAAAUUUAGUGGACAAUGAGGAGACGCCGCUAUGUAAAUGACUGCUGUGAGAGAAGACCGGUGUGCGGUGUACCACUGAAGUGUCUGCCUGCUGGACUAUGAUUCUCGCCUCUUGAAGAAUUCCCAUCUUUAUAAACUUCCUAGACCUUCUUGACAACUUCCUCCAUGGGUUCCCGCAGCCAAGGCUUCUUCCACCAACACCAUCACCACCAUCGUAGCUCCGUGGUGCCGGCAACUGUGCCCAGGCUGCUGCCGGAGAAUGGGAGCCUUCUGGGGGGCAUUGCUCAGAUCACUCCCAACCUGUUCCUGAGCAGGGGCAAUGUGGCGUCCAACCGAAGCCUCCUGCUAUCCAAAGGCAUCACGUGUGUGGUCAACGCCACCAUCGAGCUGCCCAACUUCAACUGGCCGCACAUGGAGUAUGUGAAGGUCCCGCUGGCCGACAUGCCGCAUUCGCCCAUCUCCUUGUACUUCGACAGCGUGGCCGACAAGAUCCACAGCGUGGGCCGCAAGCGUGGUGCCGUAUUGGUGCACUGUGCGGCGGGCGUCAGCCGCUCGGCCUCACUGUGCCUGGCCUACCUCAUGAAGUACCACCGCGUGUCCCUGGCCGAGGCCCAUGCCUGGGUCAAAGCCCGCCGCCCUGUCAUCAGGCCCAAUGGCGGCUUCUGGCGCCAGCUCAUCGAGUAUGAGAGGAAGCUAUUUGGUAGGAACUCUGUGAAGAUGGUGCAGACACCCUAUGGGGUCGUACCGGAUGUUUACGAGAGGGACCGCAGGAGUCUGGCUCCGUACUGGGGCCUGUGAGCCACUGGACCACUGGACUUGAAGGCCAAUGGAGCUUUUUAAAAACUCUGGUUUACUUUGAACAGGAUGAAAUCAGUCUUGGAUUGAAAAGACCCACCGGGACCACAAUGCAAUCAAACGCCAGUGCUGUGUACCACCUGGUGUUCACUGUGCUUGGCUCCGUUCCCUGUCAUGAUGUCACGUGGUGGUCUUGUGCCAGUCUUACAGAGCAGCAUGCCCCAAGUCUAUGGUAGCAUUUUUAAGAGCAGUGUACAGAGAAAAAAAUGUUUCAGUGCAGUAUCCAUAGUCAAAACUUCGAAGAGCUACCUAAUGAUUUUGAUACUUCACAUAUUUGGUACCGAUCAGUGGUACUGUAUGGUACUGUAUGCUGCUUUCAACUUCAUUCAUUCAUUCAUUUUCUACCGCUUAUCCUCACAGGGAUCGCGGGGGGAGCCAGCUGUCUUCGGGCGAGAGGCGGGGUACACCUUGGACUGGUGGCCAGCCAAUCACAGGGCACAUAUAGACAACAACCACAUGGAACGGAACAUUCAUUCAUUUUCUACCGCUUUUUCCUCACGAGGGUCGCGGGGGGUGCUGGAGCCUAUCCCAGCUGUCGGGCGUAAGGCGGGGUACACCCUGGACUGGUCGCCAGCCAAUCACAGGGCACAUAUAGACACACAACCACACGGAACGGAACAUUUAGAACAAUUUAUCAUUUUAAAGAAUAUUGCAGAGAUAACAUUGACAAUUAUUUAAAAAUCGUUUCCCCAUAUAUUUGUCAGUAUCGUAGAACUAAAAUUGAAAAAUUUCCGUAGAUACUGUAGUAAUACGCAUAUACAAGAUUUAGAAACAUUCAUUCAUUCAUUCAUUUUCUACCGCUUUUCCUCACGAGGGUCGCGGGGGUGCUGGAGCCUAUCCCAGCUGUCUUCGGGCGAGAGGCGGGGUACACCCUGGACUGGUGGCCAGCCAAUCACAGGGCACAUAUAGACAAACAACCAUUCACACUCUCAUUCAUACCUAUGGACAAUUUGGAGUCGCCAAUUAACCUAGCAUGUUUUUGGAAUGUGGGAGGAAACCGGAGUGAUUUAGAAACAUUGUUAUAAAAUCUUUUUUUUAUAUAUAAGGUGUGCAGAAAGUCCUAGAGGUCUGAAGGUCCUGUUCUGUCCACAUGCACACAAUUUUAUUGUGCUAAUUAUUGCUGUUGUGUCAAAGAAAGUGGAGCUAUCAGAUGCUAUCAUAUUUUUGUCUAUAGUCAAAUCAGAUGUAUCUCCCUUGACAAAUAUUAUACUGCGUUGCUUUCAGUAUGAUGCAGCACAAGAAUAUAGUAUUGGUACAUUCUCAAACAUCAAUUUGGGUAUUUUAAAGUGCAAUGUUGAACUCAAUCUUAUGUUUUAUUUAAAAUUGAAACAAGACUAAAUAGGUUGAUUUGGAGGCAAGAUGCUUAUAUCCUGCUCUUUACUCUGCAGCCUUAUGACAAAUGAGGCAAUUGUUUGUGUUUGAAUUUGGAAGACAAUAAAGACCUAACAUGCAA